AUGCCCGCACCCUCCCGACGCGAUGAUGUUCCCCAUGCUGCUCGCGGCGCCACCGCAACCCCCUCGCCUCUGGCAUGGUUUCCCCUAGGGUAUAGAGAAGGCUUUAGCCAAUGGUGGGCAAGUUUGCCGCCAGCUGCCGCAGAACACAAGGUCAUGUCCUUUAUGCCGUACCUGCAACACGACGCCCCGACGCAUCUUCAGACCGGCAAGACCACCCAUUUGCCGAACGAUGAACCGGACAGCAUGCAGUCCGCCGACCAUAGCCAACAGGGCGAGGUUGCGACUAAUUCCACAGACGAUCCGUAUGGCCCGCGGCGUUGGCGGUCGAGCAUGGUCGAGUUGAGUGGCAAAAACCGAGCGCUUAAUGAGUUCUCCGUUGAGCGAGUGGGUGAAGAAGCAGACCAACACCUGGUUAUGCUGCACGGUUAUGGCGCUGGGUUGGGAUUCUUCUACAAGAAUUUCGAGCCGCUGAGUCGGUUAAAGGGUUGGCAACUCCAUGCGCUCGACCUGCUGGGUAUGGGUCGCAGCACCCGACCGGCUUUUCGCAUCAAGUCAAAAGACCGAGAGGCUGCCAUACAAGAGGCGGAGGCUUGGUUUAUUGACGCUUUGGAGGAAUGGCGCAUCAAGCGCAAAAUCGAGCGCUUUACGCUCCUGGGCCACAGCCUCGGGGGUUACAUGGCAGUCGCCUAUGCUCUGAAAUACCCAGGGCGUUUGAAUAAACUGAUUCUGGCUUCCCCUGUGGGCAUCCCAGAAGAUCCUUAUGCGGUGUCCGCCGACAUGCCCGAAGCGUCAGAUGCCAAUGCACAGAACAAAAUCGCCCAGUCCGUUUCCUCCGUGUCGACUGAGUCGAUUCAGAAAGGCGAUAAUAAUAUCCUUCUCAAGGGUGCGCCGUCGAGUGGAGCCUCGGACAAUCGCCCGCCGCGACGCAUGAUACCGAAAUGGUUUGCCUACUUAUGGGACGCCAACAUCUCACCGUUCACUCUGGUGCGGUGGGCUGGGCCCUUGGGACCGCGCCUUGUCUCCGGUUGGACACAUCGGCGCUUCUCCCAUCUCCCUGCGGAGGAGGCCAAGGCCCUUCACGACUACUCCUAUUCGAUCUUCAGUCUUCGGGGCAGUGGGGAAUAUGCGCUUGCGUAUAUUCUCGCCCCGGGGGCUUUCGCACGCAGUCCUUUGAUCCGGCGCAUCCAUGCUGUUGGUCGACAAAUGAUACAGACUUCUCCAUCACCCAUUCGGCAAGCCGCGGAGAAAGCUGGCUUGGUACAGUCCUCGUCAGAGGUGUCUGCUGGUUCUAAUUCAACCCUCAACUCACAGCCUCCUGCGCAGCGCGAAAAUGGCCUGCCGAUCAUUUUCAUGUACGGUGACCAUGAUUGGAUGGAUGUGAAGGGCGGAAUUGCCGCACAGGCCAAACUCGAGGAAGAGAAGCAGCGGAUCCUGGCGAACGCCACGCAGGAGGAGCGCGCAGCUGACAAUGGCUCGGCCAAGGUUGUGGUCAUCAAGAACUCCGGACACCACGUCUAUCUGGACGGAUGGGAAGAAUUCAACAGCAUCGUGCUGUCUGAAAUGGAAGAAGUGGCACGGAAGGAGAGGGCCAAACGACCGUAA